AUGGUGGAAAGGACGGCAGAUCAGCGGAUACGCACCACGGAGUGGGAAGACAUCCAAUACGGGCACGGCAACCGGGUCGGGAAUUACGCCACCAAUGAGCUUGAGAUACUUGCGCAGAAAAUUGCGGACGAAAACGUCAACGCAUGUCUUAAAGUGUAUGAUCCCAACGAAGAACGUGUGCGGGAUAAAAUGGAGCGUGGCGGGUAUGAAACAGAGCUGCAACUAGGCGAGCCCAAUACAGGCGGUGACACGGCAGACAAUGUGAUGGAUGACGACGACGAAGACGAGGUUCUUUUGGCAUUCCGAAGGAAACGCAUGGCAGAGCUGCGACAACAAAAGGAGGCGCAACGGUUUGGUGUCCUCCGUCAUAUAUCUGGUUCAGACUACAUGUCUGAGGUGACGGAAUCCUCUGCGGCAAAUUGGGUCAUUGCUCUGCUAGUGAAACCGGGGAAUGGCGACAGUGAGAAGCUGCUUUCUGUCAUGCGUGUGGUGGCGCAGCGUUACUGUGAAGUGAAGUUUCUCUCAAUGAUCUCAACAGAGGCAAUAAAAAACUUUCCUGAUCGGCACCUUCCCUGCGUUCUGUUUUACAAGGAGAAAAAACUGCAGCAACAACUGACGGAGCUGACGCCAUGGAGGUCGAAGGAUAAACAAAUCUCUUUGAACUCUGUGGAGCGCGUCCUGCACCGCUACGGUGUGAUCAGGAAUGAGGAGUUCGAGGCAGAGGAAGAGGAAGAUUGA